AUGAGUUCCCGAAAAAAUGCUACGACUAUACCAAUAAUCGGUUUCAUUGUCCAUCGGCUCAAACUGUUAGCCAAAUCGCGACUCUUCUCCGCCAUUAUUAUGGAUGAUUUGAAGCAAAAGAAAAAGAAGAGCGAAAAAUCUAAAGCAUUUGAUUUAAAUCUAUUGCCGAGAGUUAAUCUGUCGAAACCAAUCAACAUAUUGGGUCACAUACUCAUGUGGUAUAACAUACCAGUGCUCUUUGGUAUCAUAAUGUCGCUCAUAUAUGGCUACUAUUUUGAGACAUAUGUCCGUUUCGUCGACUAUUUUGGUCUUAACAUUAUCGUGAAAAUCAUAGCUCUGAUGAUAGGUCUGAUGCCUAUCGGUCUGAUCGUAGCACUGGUAGCUUUGAUGCGCACAUUUGAAGAAGAGUUUGACGUUGUAGGUGACGGUCGCUAUUUAUAUAAUGCCCAAGACUUGCCAAAGUUAGUCAGUAAUCUGGACUGGAGUUCUGCGGAACCUGAAGUUGAGAGCGCCAAUUGGAUACGGGAUCUACUGGAACAACUCUGGUCUAAUCUUAACAUUUUUGCCAUAAGAAUGCUAUUUCUCGGCGAAAAAGUACCAAAAAUAACAGGAAUUCAUGUCAUGAAUCGAGGCGUCAAACGGGAGGAUCUAAUCAUUGACUGCGAGUUCACAUUUGACUCAGAUUUGGAAAUACAGAUCAUUGGCAACUAUGACAUUGAUUUUGGUGUCGACUGGUUUUAUUUUAAGGCUAAAACAAGACUAUUGUUAACACCAUUAUUCUCAGAUCUUCCUGUGGUCGGUAAUCUGCAGAUAUCAUUACUGGAGAAACCAAAAAUCAAUUGGCACUUCACUGGACUAUUGGCAAUCUUGAAUUGGGAUUUCCUUAAAAGUUGUGUCGAGUGUGUUGUGUCCUAUUUUGUAGGCAAUCCCCGAUUUUUUGCAGUCAAUUUGGCUAAAGUAUUGCCGACGCGGGAAAUGAAGCUCAGGGAGCCAAUCGGGUUUCUUCGUAUUGAAAUAUUGAGUGCUAAAAAUGUUGAACGACCGCAAUCAGGCGGUGCUUUGAAUUGUCUCCGUAAGCCCGACCCGUACUGUAAGAUUGAAGUGGAAAACGAAUCGAUGUCAACAAGUAUUAUAAAAAAUGAUUCAAAUCCUGAAUGGAAUCAACAGUUCUGUCUUAUGGUACACAACUCUAUACUCAAUCCAUUAAUAUUAUCCAUUUUCGAUGAAGACCUUAUCGAAGACAAACUUAUUGGUCGCUUCUCUCUACCGAUAAAAGAAUUUGUUGACAAUCGACAGCUAAAUGGUCGCGAGAUAUCAGUUCCGUUGACUCUAAAUGGUCGUCGCAUUGAAACACUGGAACCGCCCAUAACCGACAAACGCUCGACACGUAUGGCCAUUCGGGUGAGUUGGUUCAAAUUGACUAAUGAUGUUAAACUCUUGGAUCAUAAUUUGCGUCUCUCGCGUACACAACUGCCAGUGGCUGUACUGUCCGUUUUGAUCGAUUCAGCUUCCGGUUUGGACACAUGUACCGUUCAGGUGCGAAGUCCCGAAUUGAGACCAAUUGUCAAAAUCAGUGUCGGAAAUCAGAUGCGCUUUACAACAUGCAAACGGAGAACGGGUUGCCCGGUAUGGGAGGAGGCCUUUCACUUCAUUCUUUAUAACCCUAUUUGGGAGAACAUCCGCAUCGAAGUGAUUGAUAUGUAUUGGGUCGAAGAGAAACAGUUGUUGCCAUUUAUACCACUCUAUGUUUCAAGUUUUGGUACUAAAGACAUACUGGGAUUGUCAUCCAAAGGGACAGUACUCGGAACGUACGAGAUAUCCACUAAUGAAGUAUUAAAAGCACACAAAAUGAAACUCGAGGGCUCGUAUCGACUAAACGGUUACGUAGAAAAUGGWUUCAUACGGUUAUUGACGACUAUCCGAAUCGCAGAAUUUGAAUCUCAUGUCAUCGAGAAUAUCCGCAAACCACGCGUCCAAUUGGCAUAUGUAGUGAAACUUKAAAAACAACGACAAGAGGCAAAGGAAAUGAAAGAAAAACAGUUAAAAGAAGUAAUCGAUUGUAAGACAGAAAACAAAUCAUUCAAACAGUUGUCCGCCGACCACACUGUCCAACCGGUUCCCUCUCGAGUCAAGUUUGAACCAAAGUUGGAUAAACAAGAGACUGGAAGAAUGCAUUCAUAA